AUGGCUCAGUGCCUGGGCUUCUUUCUCCUGGCCUCCUUGGGCAGCAGCUCUUUGCUGGACAUGGAUCUGCUCUCUGUGAUGAACAAAUGUGCAUCUGGCUGCUCAGUCUUCAGCAGUGCAGGCCCGUGCAGCUUCUCUCACAGCCGCUGCUUUAUCUCCAGACUUCAGAGUCAAGAGAGUCUUCAGAGUCAAAAACUGGUCCUGCACUUCCCUGAAUCUGCCAGCAGGAGGCAGUGGAGGAACCUCCCGCUGAAACUUGAGCCAAAUAAGAGCGUGAGGUUAGUAAUAGUAGUUUUCCCAGUGAAUUCUGUUAUUAUGGCAUUGAAAAGAAAGCGUUGUUCUCAAGACACUAAAGUGUAUGAUUCCCAUCUUCGUACACCUCCGACAUCCAGCACCAAUGUGGCUGAGAACCAUUCUCCUGUUGGUGUUGGAGAGGAGAUUGAGAUACAAGUGAGAAAGAAGAGGAGGUGGGAGAGUUUUCAGAAGCCGCUCUCCCUUUACACUGAGGAUGACAACCAGUGGAUGUCUUCUGGCCAAAAGAGAAAACGAAGUUGUCACAGCUUUCAUGUGAACGAUAUCCAUCCUCAAACACCUCCGACAUCCAUCAGCAGCCUUCAGUCCACUGAUGUUGCUGAGGAAAAUGAGAGAAAGAGGUGGAGGACUGACAGUCCUGAGAAGCUGCUCUCUUGUAAAGUCCAGACGUCCAGCAGCAGCUCUAGUCAGGAGGACCAGACUUCUGUUCAGAUCCACAAGAAGAGUUCUGAAGGUGACAUUCUGGACCGGUAUGAACUCGGCGAGGAGAUUGGAGAGGGAGGAUUUGGCAGCGUGUAUGAAGGGAAGCGCUUGGAGGAUGGCCUUGAGGCGGCUGUAAAAAUUGCCAGAAAGCCAUCAAACAUGAAAUACAUCUACAUCGCUGGUCAUCCUGAGCCCCUUCCUUUAGAGAUCGGCCUGUUGAUACUGGCUCAUAGAGGCGGCAAGGUUCCAGAGAUCAUUGAGCUGCUGGACUGGCAGGACCAGCAGGAUUGUUACAUCAUGAUCCUGGAACGACCUUCACCAUGUGUAGAUCUGUUCGACUUCACAAUGUCUCUGGGCUCCAUCAGUGAGCGCCAGGCUCAAGGGAUCAUGGCGCAGGCAACAAUGGCCGGUCUCAUGUGCUGCAGACGUGGGGUUUUUCACCGCGACAUAAAGCUGGAGAACCUGCUAGUCAACACGGACACGCUUGAGGUCAAGCUAAUUGACUUUGGCUGUGGGGUUCUUCUCCAAGAAUUUGGCUAUGACAGUUUCUGUGGCACAAAGGAGUACUUCCCACCGGAGUACUUCAUGAGCAACGAAUACCACGCAGAACCAUCCACUGUAUGGUCUUUGGGAGUUCUGUUAUUCCUGCUGCUGUGUCAACGAUUUCCUGAAGCCACGGACAUGCAGAAGAUCAAUGAUGGAAACUGGACUGAGCCUGGAUUGUCAGAAGAAUGCUGUCAUUUGAUUCAAGCUCUCCUGGAGGAAAACCCAAGCCAGCGGAUUCCUCUGGAAGAAAUCCUCCUCCAUCAAUGGUUUGAGAAUGGUUCAGCGCCCGGGCUUCUUUCUCCGGGGCUCCUUGGGCAGCGACUUUUUGCUGAUGUUCACCAAGAUGUGAAGAGUGACGCUGGACCCGGAUCAGCUUUCUGUGAUGAACUCACGUCCAUCAGGCUGCUCGGUCUCCAGCAAUGCAGGUCAGUCCAGCUUCUCACACAGCCCCUGCUUUAUUUCCAGGCCUCUCUGGAGGCUGUAUCGGCCAGCUUACCUCUUUAUGGAGGAGCCCAUCACACUAUGGACAGGAAAGCCGCGUUCCUCAUGUGUCGCUCCUCCACAGAAGUGUCCGACAUACAGCUGUUGGUGUCCGGCCUGGCCGCCACUGAGCACUCCUCAACGGAAGAGAUGCGCUUCAGCAAAAAGUCCUUGAGGUGUACGGGGAGAGUCCUGGUCCUUCUUGAGCGCCGCAGCAUCAUCACAAACCUCAAAUCACAAAUCUCAAACCGAUCAAACUUAGCCAACGGGAGAUUUGUUCAGAGUUUUGUGGUGCGAUGA